CAGGACGUGUGUUGCGCCAUGCAAGCCGGGACUAUGACGUAAGGCCCAGUACCACACGCACCACUACCCCUCCCUUAAAUCGCCGUAAGUCACCUGUAUCCUUACUUAAAGCACAGGUAGAACAAACACACCUGUGUGGCAGCCCUGUGUGACGACGGCCUUUCAGUCUCUUGUAUUUCUUUCUUUUCUUACUAAAUGUUUUUCCAAGAACACUCCUAGUUUUCUGUCAGUGUACUGGAGAAAGAGGAGGAGUCGUUUUAUAUAGCCUGGAGAAUUUGUGACACAGGACUGUAGCUUGGUACAACUGUAAAUAUUAGGUGCCCAGGAAGGAAGUACAAGUUGUUGGGACCAAGAUGGCGCCUCCGUUUCUGGAUACGCAGACGAAAGCUGCUAUCGUGUGCUUCAAAUGUGGGCUAGCCUGCUUCCUGGUCGUGUUUCUGGCCGCUGGUAUCACUAUGUUGGUCGUCGCCGCUGUCGCCAAUAAGUACAUGGGUCAGUUCGAGGAACUCAACCAUGACCUGAUCUCUGGCCGGAACCUCUGCAUAGUGAUCGGGCUAUUCGUCACCCUAACGGGAAUUCUCGGUAUUGCAGGCGUGGUGAGGGAGAACUGCUGCUUGCUGCUAUCGUUUGCCGGGAUCCUGGGUUGCCUGUUUGUGCUGUCUGUAGCGGCUGGGGUUAGUCUGGCUGUGUUAACGUCUAUUGGGACGCUUCGAGAGAAACUGACAGAUUUUCUGGGCGAAAUGAUCCUCAAAGUCGAGAAAACUGCUGUGAGGUCAAAGGUCAUGGACGAGGUGCAAAUGCAGAUUAAGUGCUGCGGCGACGUGAGUUACAGGGACUGGUUCGACGUGCCGUUCGACGGGACUAACGUCACCCAUUCAGGGGACGUGCCGGGGUCCUGCUGUGUGGGCGCUAAGGAGAACUUCGACAUCAACAAACCGGACGACUCAUGCGGCAAGAGGGCCAAGUCACAGAACAGCACCAUCUAUACAACGGGAUGCACCAAGAGGGUAGCUGACAUAUUGAACGGUCAUCUACUGCAGAUAAUUGGCGCGGGAGCUGUGGUGAUUUUUCUUGAGGCCGUUGGGUUCACUCUGAGCUGCUGCCUAUUACGUCACAUCCGGCGGAGGGACAGUGCAGACGAAGAGGACAGGGUCAAACUGCAUUUGAUUAAAAAAAGAGAGAAGAAGGAGGCGAAGCUCAGGAAGCGGGGUCAAGAGAGCAGUGACGACUUACUGAGUGAGGAUAACUAAGAACGUCGCCAUACUGAAUGGCUAUGCUUUUGUUUGUUUGUUUGUUUGUUUGUUGAAAAGGAGGGUGCAUAUUUCUACGAUGAAAUCUGGUGCUGCGUAUUAAACGA